AUGUCAAUUCAAAUUCCAGAUAAAGCUUACGGUACUUUGUCCUUAACAUGGACCAAGACACCACCUCCAAGAGAAGAAUCUUUGAAGAUUUUAAAGUACCUUUAUGAGAAACACGGUGUUAGACAUUUCAAUGGGGGUAUGAUUUACCAAGUUGACCCAGCUUUCAACAAUCUUAAAUUGUUAGCAGAAUUCUUCAAAUCUUUUGAUUCUAGUGACUGUAUCUUGAGUUACAAAGGAGGUGUUGAUCCAGCAACUUAUCGUCCUUCCAGUUCUCCUGAGUUUUUAGAUAGUGAGUUCAAAGCGAUCGGAGAAGCUUUCGAAGGAACAGAUAAGAAACCAAAGAUCAUCUUCAACAUUGCCAGAAUCGACAAAUCUACCCCAAUUGAAGAUGUUGCUAAAUAUCUUGAUGCUAAAGUUGCUAAAGAUGAUUAUGUUGUAGGAUGGGGACUUAGUGAGGUCGGCCCUGAAACUUUGAAAAAAGCUAUCGCUAAUGGUAAAGUUUCUUUAUUAGAAUUAGAAUUUUCCAUGUUAACUCAAGAUAUCCUUGAAAUGGGAACUUUGAAAAUUGCUAGUGAAAACGAAAUUCCUAUCAUUUGUUACUCUCCAAUAGGAAGAGGUUUAUUAACCGAAAAAGGUGUUUCACCUGGAUUUUUAGAGUCAUUAGCUCCUACUGAUGGAAGAAUUAUUGGUGGACUUGAAAGAUUUAAGCCUGAAAAUUAUGAAGCCAAUCAUAAAUACCUCAAGGAAUUACAUGAUUAUGCUCAUGAAAAGAAGAAUUGUACCUUAGAACAACUUGCUUUAGGAUAUCUUUCCAGUAUGACAGGAAAAGAAAACUUCAAAGGUAUCGCAAAAGUCACCAAGCUUGUUCCAUUACCUGGAUCUGCUAAAAUUGCUAACAUUGAUCAACUUUACGACAGUGUCGAAUUAACUGCCCAAGAGUUGUUAGAGGUUCAAGAAAUUAUCGACAGCAACACUGUACAAGGUGCUAGAUAUAAUGCCAGAUUAGCUCCUUUAUUACACGGUUAA